GCUGGCUGAUGUGAAGCGCUCCGGAAAUUCUACGAAACACAGCCUCACAGCUCGCUCACUCGGAACACACACAUCGCACACAGACCGUCCAGAGCAUCCCGUGUCAAGGUGCUACACCUGAUCUGACCAUCUAGUCUCGCUCUAGCUUAUGUAAUACAUGACCUUCAUACACGGGGGCAUUGACUGUGUACAAUAAGCAAGAUGGCUUUCAAAUCCUUUAAGCCGUCAAAAUCGAGGAUGCGAAAGCUGCGGCCUGCAUUGCUCCUGUCUAUAAUAAUAUUGAGCUUGUUUCUUUACUUCCGACCGGAUUCAAUACCCACAUAUCGACACCGCCCUCAUGCCAUUGCUUCAGUUCAAAAUGAUGAGAAUGGAGUCACGUGCCCCAGGUCACCAUUGAUGAAAGAUGUCUUCGUGGUCAUUCGAACGGGGGCAACCGAAGCCCAGGAAAAGCUUCCUGUACAUUUCAAAACCAUCCUUACGUGUGUCCCAGACUUCAUCAUCUAUUCAGACAUGGACGAAAUCGUGGACGGUCAUCAGGUCCACGACAUUCUCACCGAAGUAAACGCGACGAUUAAGAAAACAGCCCCGGAAUUCCAGUUGUACAAUCACCUUCUCACCAGAGGACGGGAUGGACUAGACUAUCAGACCAUAUUCGGAAGUGGGCCAGCAGGCGCCGUAGACAACCCCGGAUGGAAGCUUGACAAAUGGAAGUUUCUCCCCAUGGUUGAGAAGGCACUAUACGAGAGACCGAAAACAAAAUGGUUUAUCUUUAUUGAACCGGAUACAUAUGUGAUGUGGUCGAAUCUGCUCCAAUAUUUGAGUCUAUUCGACGCCAGUAAGCCCUAUUACAUUGGGAAGCACAUGUAUGCGAGCGGAGUUCUUUUCGCCCACGGAGGAUCGGGUUUCGCACUCUCUAAUCCCGCCAUGCGGAAAGUCACAAAGCACUGGAAAGAGAAGAAAAAUGAAAUUGAACAAGCGACACUGAAAGGGUGGGCUGGGGACAUGAUCCUAGGCAAGGCAUUGAAAGAUGUCGGCGUCAAUAUGUUCUGGGCAUAUCCACAUAUGCAAGGCGAUAGUUUGACAGCCCUCGACUGGUCCGUGGAGAAACUCGAAAGACAAACUUGGUGUUACGCCGCCACGACAUUUCAUCACAUGAGCCCAGAAGAGAUCACAACGCUGUGGCAGUUCGAACAGACCUGGCAGCGCAGGAACCCAAACGGGGCUCCCCUGCGUUUCCGCGACAUCUUCAACAAUCUUGUGCGACACCGGCUUCGAGAGGAGCGCGAGGGCUGGGAUAACAUGUCCAUAGGGACCGAGUACAGCGAGGAAGUGCUCGCCAAGAUGUCGCAGAACAAUGUGGAUAACCUAUCGCUCGUAGAACAAAACGCCCACAACUCCUUUGAGAUGUGCAAGGCUGCAUGCGAACAACAACCUAGAUGUAUACAGUUCUCCUUCGUCCCGGGUCAAUGCUCGGUCUCGGACGAAUUGCGACUGGGACGCGCUUCGGACACACAGUGCCUUGAAUACUCGAACGCCGCCGGAAAGUGCGUCAAAGAGGCUACGACUACGGGAGAGGAUGGCGAUAUCGUCCGGUCCGGCUGGAUUAUGGAUAGGAUUCCAGGAUACGUGUAUUGGCUUGAUGAGUUUUGCGACAAUGUCAAGGAUAUUUGGAUCACCAAGUAAGAUAGGAGGCUGACAGUGUUCCGGUAUUUCGCCGACAUAUUUGUACAACAAAGCGGGACGUUAUAUUCUUACAUACAUAUAUACUUGUAGCGAUACCCCUAUAUCAUUUAGUUACACCUACUUCUGAUACGAUGCGAGUUCCCCGGGCCUACGGUCUAGUCAAGCGAAAGAUACCUGGGCUUUUUGGACACUCAACUUUGCGGCCUUCCUUUGGCUGCGUCUCGGGCCAUUGUCCUCAUACUCGUCGCGGAAUGGGAAGUUCGACGUAUAUACUUAGAAUAUCUUGAAGCUCAGGCAGACCAACAUACUAUGACUCUCACAUUAAUAUGUCUAUAAUACGCCUGAACCAUUGAAUGCCAGCUAAGCUUGAUGACGUCAGGUAUAUUAGCCUG